CUAAAUAAUGUAUUCAUUUGUUACAGCAACAUUAAGUAAGUGUUAAAGCAACUAAUAUUUUACUCUGUUAGAGGCUACAAGCCGUCACUGACUUACAGAGAACCUCACCUUAUCUGGUAUUAACCAAACAAUUGUAUCAGCUCUGUUUGUUAUCAUUGUAGGAGCGUCAGGUUAUGGAGAAAUUGUACGUUAUACUGAACAGUAUGGUGUUAAAGGCUUUUUCGAGAUCGAGUGUGUCCUUCCAGCAUAUUUACACGAGACAAAAACAGCAAAAUGCCGAAUUUUCGACUCUGGCUGACUGCAGUCAUUGCGUGCAGAAUUUUCUCCUCUGCACUGUCACAGAUGGAACACUGUGACAUAUGCACCUGCGAAGUUGACAAGAAGGUGUUGUUACUCAACUGUUCUGGUGUCAAGACGAGGCCAGGCGACUACUUUGGUUUCAUUAGGCAGCCAAACCCGGACAUCUAUGACCAUUACACGUUCGAUACCAUCGAGGCCAAUUUCGAAAGCAACAGAAUCAAGAAACUUACUCGUUUGUCUCUACUUGGGAUCAGCGCACUCUCUCUUGCCCGAAAUGAGAUCGCUGCUAUAGAUUCCGGGACUUUUUUGGAACUUAAAACUUUGAAGACUCUAUCACUAAAGAACAACAAACUUGAAACUGUGAAUCAGAAAUCAUUUCAAGGGUUAAGCGACUUGGAAGUUCUGGACUUAUCAGAGAACAUGCUUAAAAAAUUAUCUCCAGGAAUAUUUACGUUUUUGAAGUCUCUGAGAACGCUAUCAUUGUCACACAACAUGAUAGAAAGUUUGGACGGGAAGGUAUUUGCAAUACCAACUCUACAAACGUUAGAUAUAUCACGUAAUUCCAUAAAUGGAAUAGGGUUAGAUAUAUUUGAGAACGCGGAUAAUCUAAUAACACUGAACUUAUCAAGCAACAAGUUAUCGACUGUCGACAAGUUCAUGUUUGCCUCAGUGGAAACUUUCGAUCUCUCGUUCAAUAAAAUCGCGACAGUGGAGCCACAUGCGUUCUCGAAUCUGAAAUCUUUGAAGUGGUUGUCUCUCUCGAGGAAUAAUCUGACGGAAGUUGCCCUUCAAGAGCUGGGGGACAAUCUGAAGAAUCUGAGGCUCCAGGAACUGCAUGUACAGAGGAACUACCUUCAGACCUUGGAAGUAAAUGGCUCGCGGCUCAAGGUGCUGAACGUGUCGUCGAACGUGGUGACCUCGUUCCCCACGGCGGGUUACACCGCUCUGGAGGCACUGGACUUGUCCCACAACCAACUGCACAGCGUGCCCACCGGACUGACGGGGCUCCAGAUGCCUGCUCUGCGGUGGCUCAACCUCGACAACAACCCGAUCACUGACGUUCGGUUUCCGAUUGCUGGCAAGGAGGAGCAGGACGGAGAGAUUUUCGUCAAUUUGACCUGGGUCAGUCUCAGUCACAUGGGCGACGUACAGAAGUUAGCAGCAGGCGCCUUUUCAGGUGAGUUUUUGAUGCCAAUGAGCCAACCUCAAAUCUUAUCUUUAGCAAGGUCAGCUGUGUGAGCCCUAUAACUUAUUUUAAAUGAAGGGCAGAGACCGAGGGGGGUUCUUCUUAGGUUAUUAUUUGUAGUGUUCUGUCUGACGACAGGUCCCAAUGAACAG